AUGAGUGAACCAAGUACAUCCCCAGAAGUCAUCGUCACGAUCAUAUUCGGUAUUCUGCAGCUGAUCGUGGCACUCAUCUCCAUCUGGCAGCAGCACAACCUUCGCUGGACAAACUAUUCCAAAGAAGACGAGACACUGUUUGAGUAUGUCGCGAUGCAUACUCUGGAGGACCCCAAGAACUCGAAUCGAUGUACACCGUCACUGUUCUGGCACGAGGCCAGAUGGAAUUGUUGA